AAACGUGUGCGCGCCAUCGUUGUCAAACCUCAUCAUCCGUGCUCGCGCAGAGUCGAUCCGGAGGGGGAAAGAAAGAGCAAGAGGGAUAAACAGGAGACUGAUUUUUAAAAAAAAUCACCACUAUGGGGUAUUGGUAUGUACAGUGAUACGACUACAGACAAUAUUUUCUGUGUUCAUUCUUCAAAUUACGCAUUUUUACGGAUAUAGGCUAUAUGACAACAUGACAGAUGCUUGUAACGAGUGUUCCAGUUGAUCGUCCGCGAAAUAUUUAUCAGUGUGUCUCUUUUGAAGGGUUGUGUCUGAUGGGUGUCGAUAUAUCUUCAUUAUAACCAGUGCGACGGUGGUGGUAAAUUGCGAAUAAUGCCUCAUCUCGUUUUUCCAUUACAAUUUUUUUUUUUUGCAACGUGAGCUUGGUCGAUUGUUGGUUCGUUGAGUGGAGGAGGAAGGAUUUUCCCCAUCGCGGUUGAACCACGCUUCGGUCUUGAAUCGAUUCAUUUGGAACCAUUUGGAGACUAUUAAGCAGACAACUGGACCUUUUGAUUGACUACUUGGGGAGACAGUGCAAACCUUUGUGUAAUUCGUGUAAGACAUUUUUUAUCUCCAUCUUUCAGAGAUCCCGGAGUGUUCAUAUCAAAAGGGUUGCUGAGCGACCAUUGAAGAAGAUAGGGGGAGAUAGAGUCGAGGGGAAUACGAGAUAACGCCAGUGGUGGGAAAAAUGCUGCCUUCGCAAGAAGCCUCUAAGAUUUACCAUGACAACUACAUGCGGAACUCGCGGGCCAUUGGGGUUCUGUGGGCUAUUUUCACCAUAUGUCUGGCAAUUAUUAACGUAGUCGUGUUCAUUCAACCCUACUGGAUUGGGGAUAGCGUGAACACCCCACACGCCGGCUACUUCGGCUUGUUCCACUACUGCACCGGCCUUGGGAAUUCCAACCGGGAGCUCAACUGCCAAGGAACCUUCGCGGAAUUCAGCGAGAUACCCUCCAGCGCGUUCAAAGCGGCCACCUUCUUCGUGUUGCUGUCCAUGGUACUAAUCUUGGGUUGUAUUGCCUGCUUCAUACUCUUCUUUUUCUGCAACACCGCUACUGUCUACAAGACGUGCGCCUGGAUGCAGCUGCUAUGCGCUGUGUGUCUGAUCCUGGGCUGUAUGAUCUUCCCGGAUGGCUGGGAUGCCGAGGUGGUGCUGGACAUGUGCGGAGAGAAGACCGGGAAGUACACGCUGGGGAACUGCUCGGUGCGCUGGGCCUACAUGCUGGCCAUUGUGGGCAUCAUGGACGCCCUUAUCCUGUCUUUCCUGGCCUUCGUGCUGGGCAACCGGCAGAAUGACUUCCAGUUGGAGGUGCAGCUCAAAGCGGAACAGAAAGAUUUUGCGGUGUCCAGGCAUCUCCAACUCGGCUCCACCCUCAGGAUGGACGGAAUUGAAAUUCGGGAGACCAAGGAUCCACGAUAUGGAGUCCAACGGUUCCACUGAGCUCCCCCCAACCCCCCCCCCC